GUCACUAAAUAUAAUUUUCGAGAUAUAUAUAUGCCCACAUUCGUGCCGGCAUUCAUACAGUUCGAAUUUUCUUUUUUUUUUUAUUUCUGCGCAGUCGUUCACAGAUUGGCAGAAUUUUGACGAUAAUGCGCAAAGUGUUGCAAGACGUGGGUCAAAAAUUACAAUUCCGAAAUAUGGUUGCAGUCGGUGAUAGCAUUUCACAAGUCUGGCCCAACCCGGCAUCAGGACACGUGCCGGUCCUCAGCGAAUUCGCAAGGCAGCAGUUGGUCCUGUGCUCGGAGCUGGUGAAGCCCAGCCAACAGCCCGAUGCCGUUGACUUGGAUGCCUUUAUGUCGAUCUCUGAUAACUUUCCCAUUCCGUUCGGCACGGAUAAUUGUCGGGUGAAGUCGCAGCCGGUUGAGCGUAGACCAUUCAUACGCGAGCAAAUCGCGUCCGCGUAUCCCAUUAUACACGAGCUGACCUUGUUUCUUUACAUGAACUUUUUGGAGCAUAAGAAUAAGUUUGGUAAUUCGAAGGAGCAAAGUGUCUAUGAGCAUCUGACACUGACGGAGUUUGUGCAGCGUUUGCUGGACAAACGUUGCGUUUACUUCUUCGGUGCGCUCGAUUCGUAUUAUCUGUUGGACGGCACUAAGGACUAUGGGGGCUUUGAGCAGAUUGGUACCAGCGAGGAGACUGCUCCACUGGUGCUAAAGGACGUGCUCAGCUAUGAUGAAGUGAAGUUGUCGGCUUUGCUCUACGUCUCUAGCCAUUCCGAAUUCAUCAACGAUGGGUCGCGCUCGAAUGCCGGCCGUGUGCAGCAGAACAAGUCACUUAUCGAGACGGAAGGCGUCAUUAUGGGGCUGAUUGGUGCGCGGUUCGAGCGACGCAAUGUUAUGGAAUGCCAGGAUAUAACCAUAACGCCGGAGCAAAAUACAGAAGACGAAGGUUACGGCUUUUCGGGACCUGCUAAAAACCGUGCGCAGGAUUAUCGUCGUAUAUGGCGCGAGUUCUACGAGGAGCCCAAGGACUUUCUCUACAACGAGGUGCAGGCAGAUGGCCAGCGCUUCACACAGUUGGACAGAGAGACCAAGUUUGACAAGGUGGUCAUGGGCAAGCGCUAUGCCAUCAGCUUUGAUACUCUGCUCUUGGAAGCGGAGGCACGUGCCGCCCGUGCGGGCAAACCGGCGUACAUCCAUGUCACCGGCAUUGGCCUGGGCGUUUGGAAGGUAUCCAAGCAGCAAGAGGAGAUUUUCUUGGAGACCUUUGAGCAGCGCAUGCGUGCGCUCAGUGCACGUCUGACACACAUUGGCGCUGUGCACUUCUCCUGGUUUCAUCUCGAGAAAUGGGGUGGCUUAUUCGAUGGCGCCUGCAUUGCCGAGCCCACGCAUCCACAGGGCGGCAUCAAGGUGCACAUCUCGGUGCGCAAUCCGGCUGACAAGCUCAAGGAGGAUAUGUUGCCCCUUGUCACGUACGCUUGGGAUGGCAACGCCCUGCCGGGCAACGAGUUCUGGGCGAAAAUGCUCGUCAGCACUGGCGAUCCGGCUGCUGCCUGUUCUACGCUCAUAACCGAAUUGCAGAAUGCGCACAUUAACAAGGACUACAUAAGCGGCAUCAACCUGCACAUUGCGUCCAUGCAACAUGGAGUGCUCCACAUAUCCGACUAUGCCAAGAUGCUGCUCAACAAGCCAGCAGCAGCAGAGACUCCCAACGAAAGCGUUGCUGAAUAGCAUUUAAUCUAUUGUUAUAAUAUUGUCGUA